AAACAAAACCCGCUCCGUUACUUUUUCAACACUCCACCUUUUUUCCCUCUCACUUUCACUUUUCCAAUUUUAAUGUCACCGUCACCGUUACCGUCAAUGAUUACCGGAAAAAGCAGUAAAAUCCGCCGCAUUGUGCGGCUCCGGCAAAUGCUUCUCCGUUGGAGAAAGAAAGCAAGAUUAGCAACCGAUGUGCCGGAAGGACACGUGGCGGUUUGCGUGGGUCCUACGAUGAGGAGGUUCGUGGUUCGCGCUAGCUACUUGAAUCACCCGAUCUUCAAGAAGCUUCUGAUGCAGGCGGAGGAGGAGUACGGUUUUUGUAACCAUGGACCGCUUGCUAUACCGUGUGAUGAGUUGGUUUUUGAAGAGCUUCUUCGGGUUAUGGCCCGACCCGAACCGAGAUUAUCGACGAUUGAGGAUUUUCAGAAUCGUUGCCACGUGGAUGUGAGAAAGAGAAGUAGUAGUAGUAGUGGUUUUGAGUUUGUAGGAGAAUCGAGGCCGUUGCUUCAUGAUGAUCUAAUUUGCUGAGUGAGUCAGUGAGUGAGUUCACUCGGUCUUCAUGGAUCGGACAAAUAAUUAUCACUAACAUUUUUUUGUUGUUAUUUUUUGGGUAUUUUUUGUCCCAAUGAUUGGUGUUAGCCUGUUAGGUGAGUUUGUUUUAGGAAAAUAUAUAUUUAUUAGUGAGUUGAUGAUGAAAAAAAAAUAUUAAUCUGGUUUGAUUAUAAUGUUUUUUUUUUUUUUUUUGGAUUCGAGUUCUCACUAGUCACGGUUGUUGUGGAUUGUGAUCUGUAAAAAAAAAUGUAAAUGCCAAAAAUUGUAACCAAAUUUUCAUCUUUAUUUAUCUAUUCUUUCUUUUUCUUUA